AUGCGCUUGCUGAAUAAGGACUUGCGCCUCCACGACGUGACACUCAUGUAUUUGACUUUGCUGGCGACUCUGGUGGUGCUGCUGGUGGCCUCUUACCAGGCUGCUGGACAGGCUAGGACCCCUCUGCCCUUCGCCGUUCCCCUGGACCCCGGAGGCCAGUUACAGCUGUCCUGGAACGUCAGCUUCUCUCGGCAGGAGGUCUACCUGGAGUUGAGAGCUAGAGAACCACAUCAUGGCCUGGUGCUGGGCAUGUCUGACCAAGGCGAAUUCACAAAUGCUGACUUGGUGGUACUCUGGGACGAUGGACAAAAGUCUUACUUUGGGGAUGCCUGGAGUGACAGCCAUGGCAUGGUGUCCUUGGACCAUCAGCAGGACUACCAGCUGUUGGAGGCAAAGCACACUCCUGAGGGCUUCUUCCUACUCUUCAAAAGACCCUUCAGCACCUGUGACCCUCACGACUAUGUAAUUGAGGAAGGUACAGUCCAUCUGAUCUACGCAGUGCUGGAGCGACCUAUCCACUCAGUCCAGCAGCUCAACUUGUCCCUCCUCCAUCCUGGGGUACAACGUGUUCUCCUCCUCCAGCCAGACACACCCCCUCCUCCUCUUCCACGAGACGUCCGUACGAUGGAGAUCCUUGCUCCUAGUGUCACCAUCCCUACCCAAGAGACCACCUACUGGUGCCACAUCUAUGAACUGCCCCCCGACAUGCCCAAGAACCACAUCGUCAUGUAUGAGGCAGUGGUCACCCCAGGUAACGAGGCCAUUGUGCAUCAUAUGGAGGUGUUUGAGUGCUCUCCAUCAAUGGAUACAGUGCCUCAGUACAGCGGUUCCUGUGAUUCCAGAAUGAAACCCCGUGAAAUCAACUACUGCCGCCACGUGCUGGCUGCCUGGGCCCUGGGAGCUCAGCCGUUCUACUAUCCUCCUGAUGCUGGUUUGCCCAUGGGAGGAGCAGGUUCCUCUAGGUUUCUUCGUCUGGAGGUCCACUACCACAACCCACACCUCAUCUCAGGGCGAAGGGACUCCUCAGGCAUUCGUCUGUUCUACACUCCUUCUUUGAGGAGAUAUGAUGCAGGGAUUAUGGAGCUGGGUCUGGUCUACACUCCAGUCAUGGCCGUUCCUCCCCGCCAAAGUCAAUUCCAUCUCACUGGAUACUGUACAGCCAAGUGCACACAGACGGCAUUGCCUGCAGGGGGAAUCUACAUCUUUGCAUCCCAGCUACACACGCAUCUGGCAGGCCGCGCUGUAAGAACUGUUCUGGUGAGAGGAGGUCGUGAGGUGGAGGUGGUGCAAGAAGACAAGCACUUCAGCACACACUACCAGAUCAUUCGAACACUGAGGAACAGGGUAAACGUUUUACCAGGCGAUGUCCUCGUGACAAAGUGUACGUAUAACACUGAAGACCGGACCAAAGCUACAGUGGGUGGAUUUGGGAUCAUGGAGGAGAUGUGUGUAAAUUAUGUCCAUUACUAUCCGCGUACUCUCUUGGAACUGUGUAAAAGCCAUGUGGACCUAGGCUACCUGCAGAAAUACUUCAACCUCAUCAACAGGUUUCAUGGAGAUGACACAUGUAGCUGUGCUCAAAAGAGUGUGGAGGAACAGUUCUCCUCACUCACCUGGGACUCCUUCAGUGGGGAGGUGCUCAAUUCCCUCUACAAUACCUCCCCUAUCUCCAUGCACUGCAACCAAUCCACUGCAGAGCUCUUCCCUGGAGAAUGGGAAAGGCAAGAGUUGCCCUUGGUAACCACUCAGUUGAAAAGACCUCCUUACCCCUGCGAGAUGGGACGAGGCUCCGCCUCCCAGAUCAACACUCCAGUGGAAGUUGAGCCGAACCGCAACCCCUGA